AUGUCUGUCCUGAGUGCGGGAAAUACUUUUCAGCGAAGCUUAGUCAGAGAUCUUACACGGAGGAAAAGUUGCAUACCUGUCCAGAGUGCGGGAAAUGUUUUUCAUGUAAGUCCUAUUUUUAUAUAUACCAGUGAUAACACAAGAGGGACCAUCCAUACCCUUGUUCAGAGGGCAGGAAAUGUUUUUCACAGAAGUCCAGCCUGCAUAUAUAUCAGAGACCUCACAUGA